UCCCCUGGACCAGUUUAUGAACUGUUUCCUUUUUAUGUUGCAGUCCGAUUUAAUUAUCCUAAAGUAAUGUAUGUGAUACAGACAGACUAACAUAAAUAACAUUACUGAAUGUUCAAACACAGUUACAAACGAGACGUAAGUUGUCUUUUAGUCGUUGAAAUAGGCGCCCGGAACCUUAAUAGGUCUCAAGCAGGCGCCUGCCGGAUGGUUGAUUGAGCUGCACAGGGAAACGCGCAUGGACGACAUUGAGAUCUUCUGAGAGGGGCAAUCAUGUAUAGAAGAUUGUUAAAAAACAUUUAUCAGAUUCGUAAUGGAUUAGUGCAUGCGCAGAAUGCACGAUUACCUUUCACAAAAUGUAAAGAUGGGGACGGUUUUGCUCCUGUUAUCUGGACCCCAUGUACAGCAAGGCCAUUAGGAACCAGUAGCACCUCUUUUAGUGAAAAUAAUGAGAACUCCACAUCCCUGUCAAAAGACAAAGGAAAAAAAUCAGAAGAGAAUGAGGCGAAAGCAGAGGAUAACACUGAUGGAGAGAAGAGCACCGAAAUUUCAACUAAAACAUUGACCUCACAGGUAGAGACCGAACCAGAGGUUAAACCUGAGGACAGCAAACUGGUUAAAAAGACAAAAAGUGGCAAGGAGAAUCUUUUGGAGCUACUUGGGGCAAUGAAGGUAGAGGUCACAACAGUACGCAAAGACAGAUCCUCAACCGCUUCACAAAUAAAUAAGAAGCCCAAACAUGAGCCCAUGGAAAGUGCACACAGUAUGUUCCAGCGUGCCACAGCUGAAGGGUUACAACAACAUGGGACGUUGAAUCCAGGGCUGGUUGCUGCAGUCUCUGCCGCUGCUUCCACACUGCCCAACAGACAUCAGGCAGAGUCAGAGCUUCUCAAGCAGCUGAGGAAACACGAAGCCGUGCCUGACACCCAGAAGAGAGCAGAUGGACAGAACAUAUUAAACACAAUUGCCAAAAUGAAGGUCAAAAAGAGGUCAAAUGCCAGAUCAAACCUUCAACCUACAAGCCAGAUUUGUUUUGAUGAUGAUGGAAAGGGAUAUACUGAAGACAGAGACAUUAGCACUGAAUUUGCAGUCAGCAGAGGGAAAAGUCUCGUCACUGGUAAGAGGUUGAACAUCUUUACUGUAGGCAUGGAGCAGGCAUCAGAGCUGGGCCCUACUCUUUGGGACAUUGAACUAGCUCAUCAGAUUGUUCAGGCAACAAAUCAAGCGCCUCGAAAUGGCUUUGAGGAGAUGAUCCAGUGGACCAAAGACGGCAAACUUUGGCAAUAUCCAAUCAACAACGAGGCUGGCCUGGAGGAAGAGGCGAGUGUGCCUUUCCAUGAGCAUGUGUUCCUGGAGAAGCACCUUGAAUCAUUUCCCCAGCAGGGUCCAGUCAGGCACUUCAUGGAGCUUGUAAUCACAGGACUCUCUAAGAAUCACCACCUCACCGUUCAACAGAAAAAAGAACAUAUCGACUGGUUCAGAGACUACUUCCAACAGAAAGAUGAUGUCCUGCAAGAAGCAGAGGCAUAACGAUCACACAAAGACAGAAGAAGCUUUCGGAGUUCACUGUACUGAAUACCCUACAGCCAACUAGUUCAGAUCUUGACAGCAGUAGUAAUUAGCAAACUCCAUUAAGCACCUGGAAGUAAUAAUUGCAUCAAUUACCAGAUUAAGAGGGUUCAUCAUUGAUCUUGUUUAAUGGUCCGCUGCGUCAUAGUAAUAUUCAACCUGCUUCAAAUUUUCAGGUUUUUGUUGCUUACUAAAACUUAUUGUAACAGAUGUUCAAUAAAAUCUGGAUGUUGUGAAUGCUGCUCAUAAUUCACUUUACUUGUUGCUUUUUCCACAAUACAUGUUGUUCCAAAGCAGUGUAAAUAAAGAAUAACUCCAAUUUGCAA